UAAAAGCCCUCAUUGGUCAGUGCACUCAUUCCACUAGACUUCUCUCAUUAUCUAAAAAAGGCAAAGCAAACAUCAAUGGAGUGCCCAAGCUGGAGGUGUUUUCUGAGCCUUCUAGACCGUGUGAGCUUCUUCAUCGUCUUCCUCGUCACGGUCGUCUUCGUCGUCUCCGUCUUGUACCUCGCGAGGCCGAAACUGUGGUGCAACUGCGAGAUAUGCCAGACCUAUCUGUCCCUCGGGUGGUCGAAGAGGUAUGUCAAUCUCUGCGAUUGGUACGCUCAUCUCCUCCGGAGCUCGCCGACCAAGACAGUCCACAUACACGUCCUCGGCAACACGAUCACGGGCAACCCGGAUAACGUCGAGUACAUGCUCAAGACGAGGUUCGAGAACUACCCGAAGGGUAAACCCUUCUCGACGAUCUUGGGGGAUUUCCUCGGCCGGGGGAUUUUCAACGUCGACGGCGAUUUGUGGAAGUUUCAGAAGAAGAUGGCGAACCUAGAGCUCGAUAGGUUCGCGAUUCGAUCCUACGCGUUCGAGAUUGUGAAGUGCGAGAUCGAGAACCGGCUCGUAACUCUCUUUUCGUCCGUUGUUGGCAAAGAGGGCGCUGUCCUCGAUUUGCAAGAUGUGUUCAAAAGAUUUUCAUUCGAUUGCAUAUGUAGGUUCUCGUUCGGCCUGGACCCGAGAUGCCUAGAGUUGUCCUUGCCCAUGUCGGAAUUCGCUCUUUCGUUCGACUUAGCAUCUAAAUUGUCCGCUGAACGAGCCAUGGAGGCAUCACCUUUAGUGUGGAAGAUCAAAAGGUCGUUCAAUUUAGGAAGUGAGAAGAGACUAAAGGAAGCAAUUAACAUGAUCAACAUUCUUGCCCUCGAAGUCAUUAGGCAAAAGCGCAAGACUGGAUUCUCUAACCACAGAGAUCUCCUGUCCCGCUUCAUGCGCACAGUGAGUGACGAGACAUACCUUAGGGACAUCAUCGUGAGCUUUCUUUUAGCUGGCCGCGACACAGUCGCUUCGGCCCUGACCAGCUUCUUUUGGCUCAUGGCCAAGAACCCUCGAGUGCGAUCGAAAAUUCGUGCCGAGCUGGAUCAUGUAAUGGGCGAUCAAGAGCUGGUGAGCUACGAUCAAAUCCGAGAACUCCCUUACUUGCAAGCCGCGAUUUAUGAGAGCAUGAGGCUCUAUCCACCCAUCCAAUUCGAUUCAAAAUUUUGCGAGGAAGACGAUAUUUUGCCCGACGGGACAUUUGUGAAGAGAGGCACAAGGGUUACUUACCACCCAUACGCGAUGGGUCGAAUCGAGGAUAUAUGGGGCCCGGAUUGUUUGGAGUACAAGCCGGAGAGGUGGCUAAAGAACAGUGUCUUCUUUGCGGAGAACCCGUACAAGUACCCGGUCUUCCAAGCUGGACUUAGGGUUUGUUUGGGGAAAGAAAUGGCUUUCUUGGAGCUGAAAAGCGUGGCGGUCUCGUUGCUCCGGAGAUUCGAGAUAGAGCUGGUGACCACGGACGAAGUGAUGCGAUUCUCGCCGGGGCUAACCGCCACCAUCCGCGGGGGUCUUCCGGUUGUUGUAAUAGGAAUCUGAAGCCCCACUAGCAGACAUCGCAGGUUCGUCCCGUUUGGGUUGCUAGCUUGCCAUUCCAUAAGGUGGCCGAUAGCGUACUGUGUUGUCCAAAUACCAUGUGAUAUUUCCUCUUUUGUUGCAUCUCCAUCGUCCGUAUUGGUAGCAUAUAGCUGAAUAUGCGUGUGGGUGUUCCUUUUUUUCCCCACUUCUGACACACCAAUUAAAAGUUGAUGGGUGUCAUCCAUGAAAAGAAAGGUCGAAGUGGUGGUCUGAAAUUGAUUUAAAUGGUCUUCAAGGACUCUCUCUCUCUCU